GAAGAGAUAAGCAUGAAUGCCAUCCAUCCGAUUUCUCGCCACGUAUAUGGUGGACUGUCGAUAACCAGCCCGCUCGGGAUUUGACCUUCGACGCUUCAGUGUGGAAAAAAGACUGCGCCAGACAGCACGCUGGUAUCGGCAGCAGCAAAUCGAAAGAAAAUGAGUUAAAGAUGAACUUCAAACGGAAACCUCCGGACUUUGGACUGAUUGGACAGAAAUCGACAGAAAAUCUACAACCUCCUCCAAAGGCGUCAAUGCUCGCGUUCUACAUGACAUUAAUUGCAGUCGCAAUCGUCGCUUUUGCUCUUCUUUCUUCCUAUCCAAACAAUGACUUCGCUCUUGGCGUGUUUUCCAAAUUUGCAGCGAGUGAUGAUCCGCAGGCCUCCUCGUGCGCCGAUAUCUUGUACAUGGAAAAUAUUUUAACCCUGCCUGACGUUGGCGAGAUAUUGACUUCCAGAAACCAAAGCCGCGCGGCGCACUUUCUAUUUGAAACUUCGCACACCGGAAUUGUAUCCGGAAGGCAAGCGUGUGUCGUCGAGUCUGCGGCGAGAAACAAUCCUGAAUCUGAUGUGUACCUCAUCAUCGAGCAGCCUCCGAGGGAACUGAGUUUGAAGACAAACGAGCAGCUGAUAAUGGUCACCAGACGUUAUCCAAACAUUCAAGUGCUCUCAUUGAGUUCUGAAACGACCGAAAGUGAAUUUUUGAAGUUUGUUAAUGAAAAUGGAGGCACGUAUUUAGACUGGGAUGUUUUAAUAACAAGCGAUCUCGGCAGCCUCGGUCCAAAUUUUGUCUGCCUCAAAUCAUCAGGAUCCGUUUCCGAUCGGCUCUUCCGCCUCUCUAAAAGCCAUCCCUUGAUUAAAGGUGCCGAGGGCAAUCUGGAGACACGACUCAAAGACUAUUGCGAGUUGCAAGUAAUUAAUAAGAGGCGGGUGAAAACGUGCAGAGACGUUUCGAUUUAUCCAGCGCAGUUUUUCUAUCCAAUCAAAGCAGCUGGGGAAAGAGACACGGGAGAGAUUUUAUUUGGAGUUAAUGCUUUUGAAAAUAGUAGUAGAGCGAUAAUUCAAGUCGGAUCGAAUAGUUUUAUAAGUGAAGUUGCAAAAACUCACUGCCCGAGAGCUUAUUGGGGCGCUUAUAGUACAUUUUAAAGGAAUGAGGUACAGAAUCACCCUGGAUGGAAUUGAUUGGAGCCUAAAAAUUACCUACUACAAUAUUUUUAUACUGGAUACAAGUUAGGAAAACUGAAAAAUGGCAAAAUCUAAGAUCCGAUUGGGGCUUUUUUAUUUAUUGUCAAAUAUUAUAUUAUUAUCAGGUUGUGAAACCAAUAAAAUACACUGAAAAACUCCUGAAAUUUUUUAAACUAAACUCUGAGGACUGAUUUGUUGAAUCCAAAUUUUUCCUGUAGCACUGAAAACACUGUAUUUUAGAUUGUUGCUGCAAAACGAAGCUUGCUUUUGAAAUAGUAAGCGCUCUCUACCUAAUACUUGAAAUCUUGCAUAUUGUGUCAAAACAAAGGAGUUUUCUUGCAAAUUAGCAUAAUUAUACCGUUGGGUCGAUCUCAUUAAAGAGGAAUGAUACUGGAAAAGCCUGGAAAAUGCUUGUUGCCAAUGCAUAAACUCAUCCCUUAGGAUUCAGUUAAAGCUUAAAUUGAUUUAAGAAGCUCUGUAAUUUUUUGAGAAAAUUGGCUGGAAAGUUAGCGUGCUUUUCAAACGGUAAUGGCUGUCUCCUUACUUGAAAUUCGAUUUAAUUUCAAAACCAAGAGUUCCCCCAAUAAGUGGCAUAUACACAAUUGGACAGAUCUCGACGAAAGAAAUCGGAACAUGCCAAGAAAAUAUGUUCAAGCACUGCAAAUUUUGGAGAAAUGUGGCAAAAUUUGAAUUUUUACUUUAUUGCAAAUUGUUGAACAAAUUGUUUACCGAUCAAUUGUUUAUGUCCAACAAUUCAAAUAAUUUUCUAUUGUUGCCCAGUAUCAUUCCACUUUUGGGAAUAUGGCUGACUGAGUCAAUUGUGAAGUUUUUUACGAUUUCUUAUUAAGUUAAGGGUGAAAACACUGGUGCAAUAUAUUUUUUGUACAAUUUGAAAAUCUGAAAAUUUUCUGUUGCAUAUUUUAAAAAAGGUUUUACUCGAUUAGGUGCUUACUUUAUAGGCAACGAAUUAAAUUUUAAUCUUGUCCUCUAUGAAUGAAUCCAAUUUAUGUGGCUUAAUCAAAAAAUUUUGUUUUAAAUAAUUAAACGCGAAAUUUUUUAAAAUUUUUCCCGGACUGUUUAAUCAGUACAUUAUGCGACAAUAAAUAAUGGAGAUAAAGGCAAAAGAGCGGAAGCGUAUGCGAGUGGGGGACACUACUUCUAUUGUGUAUCGCUUUUUACUGAUAAAAUUUAUAAUGCACCUUUCCGUUCUAACCAAAGUGUUUCAAAAUGCCUCUCGGUUUCGUCGCAUUCAACGUUUCCACGCUGUCAUGGAAAAGGACGCCAGCAGGCCGAAAAUAUUCAUAACCAUCCUGUUGUUCGUCUCGUUCCAUUUGAUUUUCUUCUCGUACCAUUUAAGCAGCAGUCUGCCUCUAUGGCUGUCGAGCAGGACGAAAUACUUCUGCGAGGACACGGUGACGGCUUCCAAGAUGAUCCACCUUGAGGACGCGAUCGAGGUUUUGGACAAGAGAGAUCAAAGCCGGCGUGCUUACUACAUGAUCGACUCGUCCAGACAAGGUGUCGUUUACGGUCGACAAGCGUGUGCCGUCGAGUCGUUGGCCAAAAACAACCCUGACGCUGACGUCUACCUUUUGGUCCUUUACCCUCCAAGAGACCUGCGUGUCCAAACAAACGAGCAGCUGGACAUGGUGAAGCGUCGCUAUCCAAAUAUUCAAAUGCUAUCGGUGAAGAUGGAAAAGUUAAUCGAGGGCUCCAUCCUGGAGGAAUGGUACGCGAGGGGCGAACUGAAUAAAAGUUCGUACCCCGUUGAGCAUACUAGUGACCUGAUCAGGGUCCUGGUCGUGCAGAGGUACGGCGGCACGUACUUGGACCUCGACUUCAUCGUCCUGAGGAGCCUAGCAGACCUGAGUGAAAACUUCGUCAGCUAUCAGAUGUCGUCCGACGUGAACAACGCAAUGUUUGGCUUUUCCAAAAAUCACCUCAUCACGCGCAUGAUUCUGCAAAGGGCCAGGGACAAAUACGAGCCCUGGGCUUUUGCCACCAUCGGUCCAUUGAGUCUAAUUCAUGCACUCGAAAUCUACUGCGGCUGCAAUGUGACGGAAAUGGUCAAAAACGACACUUGCAACGAUUUGAGAGUGUAUCCAUCUGGUUAUUUUUAUCCCGUCGCAUACACGGUGUGGUGGGUCCUCUUUGAGAACAGCACGAGCGAAAGGCUUGCCUCUUUUAACGAAUCGUACGCGAUCCACUUUAGUAAUUUCAUGAGUAAAAAUGAAAUUGUACGCGUCGGAUCGGACCAAGUGUACAGCGUCCUCGCAAAACAGCACUGCCCCAGAGCGUAUUGGAGUUCAUAUGAUGUGUUUUAAUGGUAAAUACUUUGUUAAAUAUUAUAGAUUUGAAUAACAAUUAAUAAAAAAUAAAUUAAAUUAACAAAA